AUGGCUGCUCCUGCCUCGACCGCUGUUGACCAGCUUGCCGCUGAUCUCAACAAUGUCAGCCUGAACGGCGGUGCCAAUGGUGCCGCUCCCGCUGCUGACACUGCUGUCGCUUCGGGCGAGACCCAGACUGCUCAGUCCGAGACGACUGCCCCGGCUGCUGCGACUACCACCACGUCGACUGCUCCGCACCCGCAGGCUUCGGCUUCUCUGUACGUUGGCGAACUGGACCCGUCUGUAACCGAGGCUAUGCUCUUCGAGCUCUUUUCUCAGAUCGGCUCCGUCGCCUCCAUUCGUGUCUGCCGUGAUGCCGUCACCCGUCGCUCGCUCGGCUAUGCCUAUGUCAACUACAACUCAGUUGCUGAUGGUGAGAAGGCUCUCGAGGAGCUGAACUACACCCUCAUCAAGGGUAAGCCCUGCCGUAUCAUGUGGUCUCAGCGCGACCCCGCCCUACGCAAGACAGGCCACGGCAACAUCUUCAUCAAGAAUCUCGAUGCCGCCAUCGACAACAAGGCUCUCCACGAUACUUUCGCUGCGUUCGGCAACAUCCUUAGCUGCAAGGUUGCCACUGACGAGAACGGCAACUCCAAGGGCUACGGUUUCGUGCACUACGAGACCGAUGAGGCCGCUGCGCAGGCCAUCAAGCAUGUUAACGGCAUGUUGCUGAACGAGAAGAAGGUGUAUGUCGGCUACCACAUCCCGAAGAAGGACCGCCAGUCCAAGUUCGAGGAGAUGAAAGCCAACUACACCAACGUGUACAUCAAGAACAUCAAUCUCGAGGUUACCGAGGAGGAGUUCCGCGAGUUCUUCUCCAAGUGGGGUGAGAUCACCUCAUCGACUCUUGCUCGCGACGCCGAGGGCAAGCCCCGCGGCUUUGGUUUCGUCAACUACAGCACCCAUGCCAGCGCCGCCAAGUGCGUCGAGGAGAUGAACGGAAAGGAGUGGCGCGGCCAGGAGCUCUAUGUUGGCCGUGCUCAGAAGAAGCACGAGCGCGAGGAAGAGCUCCGUAAGUCCUACGAAGCUGCUCGCCUUGAGAAGCAGAACAAGUACCAGGGCGUCAACCUAUACAUUAAAAACCUCUCGGACGAGGUCGACGAUGAGAAGCUCCGUGCCAUGUUUGCCGAGUUCGGUCCCAUCACCUCGGCCAAGGUCAUGCGUGACACUCCCCCGGAGCCCGCUAAAGACGAGAAGAACAAGGAGAACAACAAGGAGAGUGAGAAGGAGGGCGAGAAGAAGGAGGGUGAGGGCGAGGGUGACAAGAAGCCCGAAGUGAAGAAGCCCGAGCGCAAGCUUGGUAAGAGCAAGGGCUUCGGCUUCGUCUGCUUUGCCAACCCGGACGAUGCCACCAAGGCCGUUGCCGAGAUGAACCAGCGCAUGGUCGACGGCAAGCCUCUUUAUGUUGCUCUUGCUCAGCGCAAGGAGGUGCGGAAGAGCCAGCUUGAGGCUAGUAUCCAGGCUCGCAACCAACUCCGCAUGCAGCAGCAGGCUGCCCAGGCCGGCCUGCCUCAGUACAUGCAACCUCCUGUCUACUACCCCGGUCAGCAGCCCGGCUUCCUCCCUCCUGCCGCUGGCCGUGGCAUGCCCUUCCCUCAGGGUGCCCUCGGCAUGCCCCCUGUCCAGGGCGGCCGUCCUGGCCAGUUCCCCCCUUAUCCUCAGCAGGCUGGUCGCGGCACGAUCCCUCCUCAGGUGCCCAUGUACCCCAUUGGCCAGUUCCCUGGCGCUUAUCCUCAGCCUAACAACCCGCAGUUCCUUGCUGCCAUGCAGCAGGUUCAACAGGCUGCUGCUCUUGCCGGCGGCCGUGGUGCCCCUGCUGGCCGCGGCGUGCCUACCGUCCCUAUUCCUCAGGGCAUCCAGGCUCCUGGCCUCGCUGGCUACCCUCCUAAUGGCCGUCCUCAGAACGGCAACCUGGGUCGCGGCGCUGGCCCUAACCGCAGCAACUUCCCGGCCGGUCGCGGUGCUCCUCCCGCUGGUCCUCUCGGUGUCCCCGGCGAGCUGAGCCCCGCCGCUCUCCUCCAGUCGCAGUUGGCGGCUACCACCAACCCCCAGCAGCAGAAGCAAAUCCUGGGUGAGAACCUGUUCCCCAAGGUCCAGGCUCUCCAGCCCGAGCUGGCCGGCAAGAUCACCGGCAUGCUCCUUGAGAUGGAUAACCAGGAGCUCAUUAACCUCAUCGAGGAUGAAGCUGCUCUGGUCGCCAAAGUCAACGAGGCCAUGGCUGUCUACGAGGAGUAUGUCAAGUCGCAGCAGGCUCAGCAAGGCCAGGCCCCAGCGGCGGCGCCGCAGGCUGAGGCUGCGGCCGAGAAGCCCAAGGAAGAGAAGGCCGAGGAGCAGAAAGCUUAG